AUGAGGAUUAUCUCCUGUCAGUCGACCCUUGUGGCUGUAGUUGUGGUAACACUCACUGUGGUGUCCUGCAUUGAAGCUAAGACUACACAGAAGCCGAAGUACCAGUACACCAAGAAACCCAUCCCUCAGAUCACCGUUCACAGCCCUGUGACCACCAGCAUGCCUAAGACUCAAAAGAUAUUGCCAAGUGCAAAACCUGUGGUGCACCAGCCGCCGCCCACCACAGACAGGACCACCUAUCCCAGCCAAGUCUUUCCAAAGUACUACACAGAGAACACUGAGGCCCCUGGUGUUGGCCCUGAGAACUACACCCUUGACUACAAUGAGUGUUACUUCAACUUCUGUGAGUGCUGUCCACCUGAGAGAGGCCCCAGGGGGCCAAAAGGAGACAGGGGCCUGGCAGGGCCGCCAGGAGAAACAGGUCUUACAGGAGCAACUGGCUCUCCAGGACCACCUGGAGUGAGUGGUCCUAUGGGGUUAAAAGGAGAUAAAGCGGAAAAAGGUGACAGAGGAAGCAGUGGGACCGCUGGACCACCAGGAGUCCCAGGAAAACCAGGCCAAAAAGGUGAUGUGGGCUCAAAAGGUGAGAAAGGUGAAAUAGGGUUGCAAGGUAUCAGAGGUGGUACUGGGGAGAAAGGGGAACCUGGCCAGAAUGGGACUGCUGGUGAGAAAGGAGAACCAGGAAAAGAGGGGCCAGCUGGACCUCCAGGAGUGGCUGUUGAAUCAGGUCCAAAGGGAGACAAGGGGGAUAAGGGGGAGUGUGGCACAUUUGGGGAGAGAGGACCAAAAGGUGAGCGAGGGGAUUCUGGGCCUCCUGGUAUCCCAGGGGUGAUGGGCAUUCCAGGAAUAAAUGGCAAGCAUGGUUCUCCAGGUCCUGUAGGUGUCCGAGGGGACCCGGGACCUCCUGGCGCACAAGGAGAACCAGGAGUUAGAGGAGCUCAGGGACCACAAGGCAUAAGAGGCAUGCCUGGGCCAAAAGGGGACAGAGGUUACCCUGGGAUGAGAGGUGAGCGGGGCUUUCGUGGAUUCAAGGGAGCGAAGGGAUCAGGGAUUCCUCAAAAACGCUCAGCCUUCAGUGUAGGUAUCUCUCCAAGAAAGUCCUUCCCUCCCUCUGGCUUCCCGAUCCGCUUCGACAAAGUCUUCUACAAUGAGGAGAACCACUUCAACGUCACUUCAAACAGCUUCACAUGCGUCCAUGCCGGGGUUUACGUCUUCUCCUUCCACAUCACCGUACGCAAUCAACCACUGCGAGCCACACUGGUGGUGAACGGGUCACGGCGGGUAAGGACACGGGACUCUCUGUAUGGUCAAGACAUCGACCAGGCGUCCACUCUGGUGGUGCUGCGGUUGGCGGUGGGUGAUCAGGUGUGGAUGGAGACGUUUAGAGACUGGAACGGGGCGUACGCCAGCAGUGAAGAUGACAGCAUCUUCUCUGGAUUCCUGCUUUACUCAGACAAGGCCUGA